AUGAAUUGUGGUCUGCCCCCGAAGCUUCAGACUUUCAUGGCCGUUGCUGAUACAAACAUGCAUGACAGAUCAGAGAGAAGUCUCAAACCCCAGAAAGCCAAAGAGCCCGAGCGAUUUAAUCAACCGGGGCAGCUAAUGGUCACGCAGCAGGAGAUUUAUGUUUCGGCUCAUGCUGUAGGAAAUGACUUUCAAACCUGA